AUGACGAGCUUGAUUUUAACCACAACACUCCUUGUAUCUCUGGUAUGCCUCCUUUCUCUCCCAAUUUCAACAGUAGCAUUACCAAAGAAAGCAUGGCCUCAGUCGUCAAAACUAGCGGCAGCACACCACCAUCAAAAAGGCUCUAGCCACCUCAAAAGCUCCAAGGUCAGUUGGGCUUCCUCUUCUAUCUCAGACUCUAAUGGACCUUUUCCCAACAUCCCGGAGAUUCCCAAGAUCCCAGACAUCCCCAACAUCCCAGGGAUUCCCAGAAUACCCGGAAUUCCAAACAUCCCGGGAAUUCCAAGCAUCCCGGGGAUUCCCAGCAUCCCAGGGAUUCCUAACAUUCCCGAGAUCCCCAACAUACCGCAGAUUCCUAAUAUUCCAGGGAUCUCUAUUAUCCCAGGACUUCCAAGCAUCAUACAAAGGCUUCCUAUUCCGGGCCUCCCUAGCCUUCCAGGGAUCUUUGACAUUCCAAGACUUCCUAAUACCCCGGGUCUAGAGGGCGUCCAUAGUUUACCCAUGUUCAAGUCUGAAGUUUUAUUGCAAACAGCUGAAAUGGAGAAGUGCUUGAAGAAAGAUGAAAUAAAGACCGCAAAGAAAUGCUUUUCCCAAAUAUUUUUGAGGUGGGCAGAGAAGGAUUUUGUAUUGGACAAGGAGUGUUGUGAGAUCGUUCUGAAGGUCGACAAGAAGUGUAGCCACGCUCGCAUGUUGUUAAAGAGCCGCUUCUUCGUUCCUCUUCUUCAAUAUUCGUGUAACAUCAAGCAUACCAAACACUAA